AUGGGUUCUCCCAACGCCCUUCUGAACCUCUACCUCGAGCAAGGAAAAUGGCGGGAGCUAACGGCUUUCUAUCAACGAAUCCGAAAUCAAGGCUUCCAACCCAACUCCUUCACCUUCUCGCUUCUUCUCAAAUCCUUCUCUUCUUCUCACUCCCCUUCCCUUCAUCAAUGCCAAGCCAUCCAUGCAGAUGCCACCAAGCGUGGGUUCAUCCACUCCGACCCUUAUGUGACCAAUGCCUUAGUAAGUGCGUAUGCUCGAUAUGGUUCAUUGCAGAAUGCACGCAAGCUAUUCGAUGAAAUCCCAUGUCCCAAUCCCGUUUGUUGGAACACGGUGAUUUCUAGUUUCUUCCAUGCAGGCGACUGCGGUGGGGCAGGCCAACUCUUUGAUCAGAUGAAAUUAACACAAAAUCCAAAUGACAUCACGUGGUCCGCCAUGGUUGCAGGUUAUACUCAGAACGGUCGGCCUGAGGAUGCCUUGUUAUCUUUCAAGCAAAUGGGAGGCGAAGUCGAUGAAACAUGUUCUUGUCUUUUGCCCAAUUCUCACACCAUUACUAGUGUUCUUUCUGCUUGUGGGCAGUUGAGAGAGAUCCAUUUUGGGGUGCAAGUCCAUGCGUACACUGUAAAGAUAAGCACAUAUAUUGAGAAUGAUGUAUUUGUUGGAAGCGCUCUUGUGGAUAUGUAUGGUCGUUGUGGUUUUCAGGAACUGGCAAGGGUUGUCUUUGAUUCCAUGGUGAUCAAGUGUGUGGUGGGUUGGUCUACACUAAUAGCAACAUACAUACGUAAUGAGUGCCCUUCUCGUGCUAUUGAGACUUUCAGGGAGAUGGCUUCUGACGGCUCUGAGCCCAACUAUGUUACACUGACCACACUAAUAACAGCAUGUGCUGACAUGCCAAGCUUGAUACUAGGUAAGGAACUUCAUGGUUUCAUAAUUAGGAGAGGGAUGGAGCCAGAUGCAUUUGUUUUUACAGCCUUGAUUGGCAUGUAUGGCAAGUGCAAUUAUAUGCUAUAUGCUCGUCAAUUAUUUGAGAUGGGUAAGAUCUAUGAAAAAUGUAAUUCAACGGCAAUGUGGAACUCCUUAAUUGCUGGAUAUGUGGAGAACAAUUGUAUUGAUGAGGCAUGGACUUUGUUCCAAUCUAUGUAUCAAUAUGGUGGUGUCAAGCCAAAUUCUGUCACCAUGGCCAUUGUUCUUCCACUAUGUGCUAGAUUUGCUUCACUCCUCUAUGGCAAGAAGAUCCACUGUUAUGCUCUUAAAAAUGGUUUAGAUGAAGAUACAUUGGUAGGUAACAGUUUAUUGGAUAUGUACUCCAAAUGUGGAAAGCUCCAAUAUGCUGAGAACCAAUUUGUUAGAAUGACCAAGAAGAAUAGGAUUUCAUGGACUUCAAUGAUUGAUGGUUAUGGGAUGCAUGGUAAUGGGAAAGAUGCAAUCAGAGUUUUCGAAGGCAUGGCAAGAGAGAAAGAUAUAAGUCCAGAUCAUGUCACAUUUGUUGCUCUGAUCUCAGCAUGCAGCCAUGCGGGUCUAGUAGAGGAGGGUGUCAGGUACUUUGAAGCAAUGCAUAAGGAAUAUGGAGUUGUACCUAUGGAGGAGAAUUAUGGGUCCGUGGUUGAUCUUCUUGCACGAGCUGGGCGCCUAGAAGAGGCAAAAGGUUUAAUUGCAUCAAUGCCAAUGGAACCAGGUGCUAGUGUGUGGGGGGCAUUGCUUGGUGCUUGUAGGAUUAAUGGAAAUGUUGAAGAGGCUGAAACUGCAGCAGAAAUACUAUUCAAGCUUGAGCCAAAUGAGGGUGGUUUCCAGAAGUUGUUGUCGAGUAUAUAUGCAGAAAAGGGUAGGUUAGACAGUGUUGCAGAGGUUAGGAGAGCAAUGAGAGAGAAAGGUGUCCCCAAAAGGGAAGGCUUUAGUUGGUUGGAGACUAAAGAAGGGACCUAUAGGUUUUUGGUUGGCAGUGAUGCUCAUUUCCAUGACAGACCAUACAUGAAGCUAUAA